ACGAGUAUGACAUGACUGUGCGAGAGCUGGGCUUCGAGAUGAAGGCUCAACCGUCAGAGAAGCUGAAGAGCGCGGAGGAGCUGGCCCGAGAGGAGAGACAGCGCCUGCAGACUCUGGAGGCCAACAGACUGAAGAGGAUGAUGGGAGACGCUGAGGAAGAGGCUGUUCAGACCAACACACACAUCUCUGCUGACGAUAUGAAUGAUGGAUUCAUACUGGACGGAGACGACCGCAAAACACUCGCUUACAAG